AUGCCCAAAAAGGGGGAAACAAAAUCUAAAAAAGUAAAUGAAGUUAUGGAUGAAACAAUGGAAAGUAAUAAUUCGAUAGAUGAGAAGGAAAACGAUAACUCAACUUCUGUAGAUCCAAAGACGUAUAAUAAAUUCAAAAAUGAUGGAUCCUUUUUACAGCAAGUUCUAGCAUUACAGAAGAAAAAUAAAAUAAGAAAAAUUAAAGAAUCGGAAACAACAGAUUAUAAGAUAAAGAAAGCUAAAAAAAUGGAAGACCAUGAGAAAAAAGACAAAGAAGUUAAAUUGGGUUCAGAAGAUGAACGGGAAGAACAAAUAAAAAAUGAAUACCUUGAAAAAAUUAAAAAAAUGAAGGAAGAGGGUUUGUUUACAGAUAAGGGAUUAGGAGCUGGGCUUGUUAAAUAA